AGCAUGCAUGCGUGCCAUGGUUGAAUGGUAAAGCCCAACGACAACGGGGAAGUGCUGUUCAGGAGCCAAGUUGUCCGUCCAUGUCUGUUCGGUUGUAUCCAGCGCCUCCGGAUAAAAAGGAUUAAGCCAUGAAUGUCGUGGAUAAAGUUGUGUCGGGCGGCAGUCGCCUCCUGGCGCUGUCGUUCCUGCAGCGCGGGGGCACAUUUUUCAUGAAUAUGCUAACGUUACGUCAUCUUCCAACACAUGUGGCAGGCGUGGGCUUCUCACUCGAGCUUGUGCUGUCCACAACGUUCAUUGUUCGCGAAGGGCUUCGAUUGGCGUCGCUGCGUGAACCUGGUCUCGUCAAAGCAUCAGACAAAGGACAUUCCGCACCGACAGUGGGCUUGAGGCAGCUCAUCAAUACCGCUUGGCUGUGCACAGGCUUUGGCUGGCUCUGCACGACGGUGGCUGCGGUGUUCAUGGCACCUCGAUUGUACUCAGUCGACGCCACGGACUUUGCGUCGUUCCAGCUGACGUUGUACCUGUACUGCUUGAGCGCUGCGAUCGAAUUCCUGACCGAACCUUUGUAUAUUCUCGCGCACAGCAGUCUCAUCUUUCAACUCCGUGUGCAAGCGCAAGGCUGGGGCUUCUUCGCGAAGGCUGUCGUCCAGGUCGUUGCCGUGCUGUACUUCGACGUGGGUAUGGUCGCGUUCGGGCUGUCCCAGGUCGCGUUCGCCGUCGUCCAAGGCGCGAUCUACCUCGAGUUCUUUGUCCGCCAACUGUCGGUCCAGGAGUUUCCGCUGCACUCGGCUGGCGACAUGUUGCCGCACGCUGCUGCCGGAUUCCGGUCGACUCUUUUGCAUUUCUGGAAGACGCUCACGCUCCAAUCCGUUCUCAAGUACUUUCUUACCGAGGGAGAUCGACUCGUCUUGUCUGCCUUUGAAACGCCCCAGCAGCAGGGGGAGUAUGCGAUUGCGUUCAACAUCGGGUCGCUGGCUCCGCGGCUCGUGUUCCUUCCGAUCGAAGAUGCCGCCAAAUCCAUGUUCAGCAAGCUCCUUGGCAGUGGAGCGCGCGCCACGGCUGGCCAACCCGACGCUCUCCGUCUCUUUCAACUGGCGCUCAAGACCAUGACGUUCUUGGGCCUUGUGUUCGUCUUCUUUGCCACCAACUACGCACGCACCCUGCUCUUCCUCCUCGCUGGCUACGCCAAGACCCUCGACGACAGCUCUCGCGUCCUCUCUGCGUAUUGCGUGUGCGUAUACUUUCUCGCAGUGAAUGGCAUCUGCGAAGCAUUUGUGUACGCUGUCGGCGACGAAGCAGCCCUCCAGCGGCUCAACAAAUUCCUCGUCCUCUUCUUCGGGAUCACCAGCGCCAGCGCUGUCUUGCUCAUUCACGUGUGCGAGCUCGGGUCGGUCGGGAUAGUCCUCGCCAACUGCGUCAACAUGGCAUGCCGCAUUGCGUACUGCCUACAGUUCAUCCAUGCAUACUUUCAAAAGACCACGUCCAGUGGGGUCUCGCUGUUCCUCGCGUCGCUACCGCACCCAAUUAUCCUGGCUGCAAUGGCGGUAUCUUGGGUCAUCACCUACACCAGUGAGCUCUAUUUCCGGGGACCAAGCCUCAUUCGCCACGCUUGCCACGUCCUCGUGGGCGGCAUCGCUUUCAUCGCGACGGCCGUGCUCGUGUGGAAAUAUGAAAGGCCGUUCUUAACCCAAGUUGCCACUCUGCGAAAGCAAAAAGCAGUGUAAAUGCUGCCUACCGACAUGGACACAUUCCUUUCAGUGAGCCGAGCGACCGCGCCCCCACCUGAACCCUUCCGCUGACAUUCCAUAUCAAUCAAGCAGAGCCCGUCCUGUGUGCACAUAAUGCGGCCCUCCAAAAUAGAUUAACGUCCAUGUUGCAAGUGGACUAGAUGGUGGUGGGCUGCUGCGCAGUCACCACUUGCGUGAACAGCGCGACGAUGGCAUCGCAAACUUCCUUGGACUCAAACUCGAGAUCCAACGUUCUGGACUCGGUCAC